GUGUACAAAAGAUCGCAUUUGCGGUAAACUAUCGUGCAGUUUCUGUAAAAGUGGAUUUAAUUGUCGACUGAACUAAAGUUCACGACGUAAUACACACGAGGUCGUGCAAAUGCUAUCUUUGCAGCAGAAGUUAUAUUAUGAGUGAAUAUAUAUAUUUGGAUAUUGAAAUCAAGCUUGCCGAGAAGCCAAAUCAACUAUCAGCAAUUUACGUGAAGGGCUGCAUAGAAAAAUCUCUCACAACCAUAUUUGGAGAAAUUGGAGGUCAAACGGAAGUAGACGUGUUGAAAUUCGAUCAGAAGAGACAACGCUUAAUUCUACGAGUUCCUAAGGAUUUUUACGUAAAACUACGUGCUGCUAUCACGUUUAUUGGAGAGUUUCAAGGUGUUCCCUGUAAUUUUUUGGUGAAAAAAGCUUCUCCUUUUUUGUUAACAUUAGUAGAAACACAUUUGCAAUUUGAAGCUGCAAGUAUUGCGUAA